AUGUCGCAAUCUGACGAUGAUUCACAUGACGAGUUGCCAUUCGAUAUCGACGAAGUAAUGGCUGCCAAACGUAAUAAUCCUGGUAUGUUUGUCAGUGCUUGGCAGGCGGAUGAAAAUGAUAUUAAUCAAUGGACAGAUGAUCAAAUAAAAGGUGAUCCAAAGAAAAAAUUUAUUGUCGCUGCAGAAAACAAUGAUCUGUCUACUAUCCUCAACCUCAUUGAGUCAGCUAAAGAUAAGGAUCUUGAAGGAGCAGUCCAGUUAAAUGAAUUAUUAUCAGCUAAAGAUCAAGACGGUUAUACAGCAUUGCAUCGUUCGGCCUAUGGAGGACAUGUAGAAGUUCUACAGUGUCUAAUCAAAUACGGAGCAAAUGUAAACAAUAGAACAGAAGAUGGAUGGACACCGUUGCACAGUGCCGCAUUCUGGAAUAAAUUAGCCUGUGUUCAAAUACUUAUUGCAGCUGGUGCAGAUUUAAAUGCUCUUACAAAUAGUGGCCAAACCGCCUUACAUUUAGCUGUUUCAAACAACCAAGGACCAGAGACAUUAUAUUUAUUAAUGGCUCAACCCGGUGCACCAGUUUAUGGCGUAGUCAAUAAGUUGGGCGAUGAAGUAGCCGAUAUUGUCAAAAGAAAUACACCUUAUGGAGAUGUUUGUUAUGCGUUCAGUGAACCAGCAACAAAUUUAUGA